AUGGAGGAGUUGGAAGGUACGUGGGUGUCCAAGUCUAACACCGUGUUCACGGGCCCUGGUUUCUAUGACCCUGUGGAUGAGCUCUUGAUUGAGCCUGCAUUGCCUGGCAUCUCGUAUUCGUUCACAAAAGACGGCUACUUUGAAGAAGCCUUAUACAGAAUCAAGUCGAACCCAAAGAAUCACUCGUGCCCUAUUGCCAGUAUAACUUACCAGCAUGGUAAGUACGAGAUAUUGAGCAACGGGUCUGUGGUGCUCAAACCUUUUGCCGUGGACGGUAGACAGCUUUUGAGUGAUCCCUGCGGCUACAAGGAAGAUGAGGCGAAAUACGUCAGAUACGUGCAGCUGACAUGGUUUGAAAAGUAUCAGGUCUCCAUUUCUGACUACCACGGCAGAUACAUGUUGCAAAUAUAUCAGUUCGAUGGUUCUCCCAUGCAGCCAUUGUACUUGGCAUACAAGCCUCCAUUGAUGUUGCCUACCGAGCCUUUGAACCCUACCGAUAAGUCGAAGGCGACCUCCACGUCACUUCGUAAGCGGGUCAGAAGGUCUCUUGAAAACCAAUAUCGUACUAAUGCCGUGAGACAAGAGAACCCAGUGUUUGAGAAGCUUUAUUGGGUGGGGGUUGUUCUUUUAGGUGCCGGCUCUGUGGCAAUGUUGCUUCGCUAG